AUGCACGAUAUACAUCAACAAGUGAAGGAAACUCUUCAAAAGAGUGUGGAAAGAUACAAGGAAAAUGAAGAUUUGAGGAAGAGAGAUGUCCAAUUCAAGGUUGGAGACUUGGUGUUUGCAUAUCUGAGGAAGGAAAGGUUACCAAAGGGUAAAUACACCAAAUUGAUGAAGAAGAAGAUUGGACCUUGCAAGGCGGUCCACAAGUUUGGCCAAAACGCUUAUGAGAUUGAGUUGCCUCCUGGGGUAGCCAUCUCACCAAUUUUCAAUAUAGCUGACCUCUAUCCUUUCAAAGGAUUUGUGGAUGUAGGAGAAGAAGUAGGUGCAACAGGGAUUAAAGCUGAAGAGUGGGUCAAGGAUCUACCUCCAAGUCAUCCCAUGAAGGUGGAAUGCAUCUUGGACACAAGGGCGUUGAAGAGGACUAGAAAGAAAGUCUACAAUUUGUACUUGGCUAAGUGGCAUAACUUGCCAAAUAAAGAUGCUACAUGGAUGAAAGAAGAGGACAUAAAACAACAUAGAGCCUUAGUUCAAGAGUUGAUCUCAAUAGGAGCAUGA